CGCCGCCCCCGCUGCACCGCCCCUAGCGGAGGCCCAGCUCCUGCAGCCCAGGCUCCAGUGGGUGAGCGAGAUCCCGUGUCUCCUGUGUUCGUGUGGGUCCGGCGCUGCUGAGCCAUGCCUUUUUCCGAGUGGAAGUUUCUCACCCAUCGCCGGGUGUUUGUGGUGGGAGUUGGCUUGACCAAGUUCAUGAAACCUGGAGUUGAGAAUUCAAGGAACUACCCUGAUUUGGCAAAAGAAGCAGGUCAGAAGGCUUUAGCGGAUGCUCAGAUCCCUUAUUCAGCAGUGGAGCAGGUAUAUGUUGGCUACGUUUUUGGUGACUCUGCCUCUGGGCAGAGGGCUAUCUAUCACAGUUUGGGACUGACUGGAAUUCCUAUAAUCAAUGUCAACAAUAACUGUUCUACUGGUUCUACUGCUUUGUUUAUGGCCCGGCAACUGAUUCAGGGUGGUUUGGCAGAUUGUACUUUGGCUCUUGGGUUUGAGAAGAUGGAGAAGGGAUCCCUUGCAUCAAAAUUUCCAGAGAAGACCAAUCCAAUUGAUAAACACCUUGAUGUCUUGAUCAAUAAAUAUGGGUUGUCUGCCCACCCACUUACUCCUCAGAUGUUUGGGUCUGCUGGAAGAGAGCACAUGGAAAAAUAUGGAACAAAAAUUGAACACUUUGCAAAAAUUGGAUGGAAAAAUCAUAAACACUCGAUUAACAACCCGUAUUCCCAGUUCCAAAAAGAAUACAGUUUAGAUGAAAUAAUGGCAUCUCGAAAAGUUUUUGACUUUUUGACUAUCUUACAAUGUUGUCCCACUUCAGAUGGUGCUGCAGCAGCAGUUCUGGCCAGUGAAGAAUUUGUACGGAAGAAUGGCCUGGAAUCUAAAGCUGUGGAAAUUUUGGUACAAGAGAUGGUAACUGAUUUUCCAAGCACAUUUGAAGAAAAAAGCGUUAUUAAAAUGGUUGGCUAUGAUAUGACUAAAGAAGCUGCCAGAAGAUGCUAUGAGAAAUCUGGCCUGGGACCAAGUGAUGUUGAUGUAAUAGAACUUCAUGACUGCUUUUCUGUAAAUGAACUCCUUACUUAUGAAGCUCUAGGACUCUGUUCAGAAGGACAAGGUGGAACACUGGUUGAUAGAGGAGAUAAUACUUAUGGAGGAAAGUGGGUCAUAAAUCCUAGUGGUGGAUUGCUUUCCAAGGGACAUCCACUGGGAGCUACAGGUCUGGCUCAAUGUGCAGAACUCUGCUGGCAGCUGAGAGGGGAAGCCGGAAAGAUGCAAGUUCCCGGUGCAAAGGUGGCUCUGCAGCACAAUUUAGGCCUUGGUGGAGCGGUUGUAGUGACACUGUACAGGAUGGGUUUUCCGGAAGCCGCCAGGAUGAAUCAAAUUGAGGCUGCUCUAACCAGCUCUGCUGGGGAUGGAUUUAAGGCAAACCUUGUCUUCAAGGAGAUUGAGAAGAAGCUCGAAGAGGAAGGUGAGCAGUUUGUGAAGAAAAUUGGUGGUAUUUUUGCCUUCAAGGUGAAGGAUGGCCCUGGGGGUAAAGAAGCCACCUGGGUCGUGGAUGUGAAGAACGGCAAAGGAUCGGUGCUUCCCAACUCAGAUAAGAAGGCCGACUGCACCAUCACCAUGGCUGACUCAGACUUGCUGGCUCUGAUGACUGGUAAAAUGAACCCUCAGUCGGCCUUCUUUCAAGGUAAAUUGAAAAUCACUGGCAACAUGGGCCUGGCAAUGAAGUUACAGAAUCUUCAGCUUCAGCCAGGCAAAGCCAAGCUGUGAAGAACUAACUCCCUUUGGCAGCUUUGGAAAAUCAAGAUGAGAUAUAGAUCCAUAUAUUUCAUUGUCAGAGCUUAGGCUGAAACUACACGUUGGCAAAUAAUAUGAGAUAGCUUUGAGCUGAUGGUAUGCUACUGCUUUGCAGAAUUGCAUAAAAUGUGCAUGACAAAGUUAAUAUGGUAAUUAUGGUUUGGGGUAAAUUUGAGUUUCAGAAUAAAAGUAGGAACAGUAAAAACUAUGUAAACAAAAGCUCUUGUUUUGCUUAGAAGUAUAUUUAAGAAUUAUCCUGUGGUGGAUCCAAUUUAAAUUUUCCUUGGGAGAACUGGGAAAGAAGCAAUACCAGUUGCUGGCCAGCAAUUAGUGUCAUCCACUUGAUGACCGUCAUUGAUUUCUCACUAACAGUUCUUAAAAUUCUGUACUGGAAUUACAGAUCUUUAAAAUUUUGCAUUUUAUGCCAUCACAAAGAAAUGUUCUCCCGAAAUAAAAUAAAAGAAAUCUGAUCAAAGCUUAGGGUGAAACGUUUGUAGAUGAACACAGGCUUAUUUUUAAAGUAAAAUUAUUUUUAAAAUGAUGUUCCUUCUUGAAAAAUCAGGGUAGUAGAGUCAUAAAAUGGUAUUGCUAAAAAUAAUUGAGCAAAUAAAUUUUGCUUUCAGAUGCAGUUCUCAGACUGUUAUCUCAUUAAUUUAUGUUUAUGAAGUUCUCAGUCUUGUUUGUUUUCCUGUUUUGGGUAACUAAUUAUCUUCAUUUAUCUUUCUUCCUAGUUUUUCUAAUUCUGUUAUUUUUAUAAUUCAUAUAUAUGGGAUAAAAAUACUUUUGGAAGAAUGUUCAAUAGAAAAUUAAAAUAACUCUUUCUGAU